AUGAAGCUCUCCGUCCUUCUUUUCAUUUUCGCAUUCUUGGCUUUGUCAAUGGCUCAUUAUGCCAAAUAUCCCCAAGAGCUGAAAGCCAAAUAUCCCAAGUAUCCAGGACAACCCAAAGAUCUGAAAGCCAACUAUCCCAAGGGUUAUCCCGAAGGUGAAAGAUGUGCAUACGGCAUGCGCUACGAGUAUGUAUGCGGUGACCCGUCUUGUUCUUGGGAGUGCGUCUCCAUCUACAAC